AACCAUGUGCCCUUGACCGGAAUCGAACCCAGGACCCUUCAGUCCACAGGCUGACGCUCUAGCCACUGAGCCAAACCAGCUAGGGCAGAACUUGGCAGUUUUAGCACUAAACAAACUAGCUUCCAUUUCUCUCAUAGAGAUCAUUUCUAGCGUUUAAAACACAUGCCUUUAGAAAACAGGUUUGCAUGUAUGUAAACACAGGUUUAAUCCCUCAUACCCUCAUCUCCAGAGCUGUUGACAAAGUCAUGCUUUGCGGAUUUUAAAGUAAACUUUUUUUCACUUUUUGCAGCUUAGUAUUUUCCCCUCCUAUUUUUUUUAUACUCCUUCCUAAAUAAACCUCUUUGUUAAAUAACCAAUGUUUCUGGAUCAUGGAAAAUAGUUCAUUUAAAACACCCAGAAUAUAUCCAAGUUUACAAAUCUGAUGACAGUUUUUUUAAUGUGGAUCUUUAGUUUUCUUUUUUAGCUCCUUUUUGGCCCUUUGCAGAAAUAGCAAGAUUCUAUGCUAGUAUCCCAACCAUGUUAAUAUUGCUGACUUCUCACUAGAAAAGUUGGCUCUGGGCAGCUUUUUUUCUGUAUGGUAUUUAAGUUAACUUACUACGAAAAGCACAUGUUCUCCCUUCUUCAAUUUUCCUUCCUUUUGUUGAGGGGGGCGGGUAAUUGUUUUUUCCCCUUAUCUGGCAUAUGAGAGAAAUGUUUUCUCCAGCUGGGUCCCUUUUCUCUGGUACUUCCCUCUCUGACAGCAUCUCGUGUGAGAGUUACACACACACACACACACACACACACACACACACACACACACCCUCCCUUCUAACUGAAAAGGGUUAUAGUAACAGGAGGCGGACCACUAACUGGCGGUGUGAAUAUUUGUGCCCCUUGCCCUUAGCUAUUUUGUGACUUGUAGAUCACGGUCUAAUUAUUUAGCAUUAAAGGGACACUAAUUCUGUGGGGUGUGUAACUGUAUUUAUAGUACCUUUUAUUAGUUUGCAUUCCAUGCGGGUAGUGUGGUGAUAUCAUAAAUAACAGGAACGUAACCUCCGAGGCUUGUGAAAGGGUUUUCCUAGAGCCAAGGCAUUUUUGCUGGUCGUAAUUCGGUCCUGCGGGGAGGUGGGGAAGUGCCGUGUGCGUUGGUGUUUUUAGUGCCAGGUCUCGCGUGGUUAGAGCGCCCAGUGCCUGCUGUGUUCGGAAAGAACUGUCCUGUGAGUGUGAUGCGGGUAGAUUUAUAGCCGCGUGGCUCGGAGUGUGUCUGCUGCCCCAGUCAGCUGUGAGAGCUCCCUGCUGGGGCCACUCCUGUCUGAUGGAAAAAAGCAGCAGCUGGGAAGGUGGUGUUUCAGGCUCUUGCUGUUUAAAAAAAAGAGAGAGAGAGAGAGCGAGAGGGAGAAAACUCCACUAAGUCCACAGGCUGGCAUUGGAGGGGGAGACGGCGGUCAUGUGGUUCUGGCCAUCCUACCCUCUGUCACAGUGUGGAUGAGAGCUUUUUGCUCUUAUCCAAUCAUGCCUGGAAUGCUGCUUGCCACUUGGGUUAUUUCUGCUAUCUGUCGCUCUCGGUGCCGCAGUGCUAAAGGUUUGGCAGAUGGGACGCCUUUUCUUGGAGUUUGUGUCUUCAGUUUUUGACUUCUGGCAGUGCCGGGCGUGUUGUGGCCGCUCGUCCUCUCCCUCCCUGCCCCCCUGGGCACCAUGGCCCAUCGGCUUCGGUUUCAUUUUGGCUCCAGUCGCAGCAACACGGCCCCUGAAUCAGAGAUCCUCGACCAGGAGAGAGAAGACGACUUUUUCAUGGCAUUCCACACCCUGCCGCGCAGGAGCGGCCCUCACCCCUGCGCCCACCGCGCUGAGGACGGAGGCCUGCAGGAAGCGGUGGGCGCGCUCAAGCGCAGCACGUCCAUGUUCAUCCCGCAGCUCCUGAGUCCCAUGGACGCGCGGCCCACGCGCAGCUCGUCCAUGCAGAUCUCGCUGCAGCGCAAAGCGGCCGACGGGGCCCCGGACACGUGCGGGCCACCCGAGGGUCUAGACUGCGACGCAGGGUCAGUGUCUCUGGGCCGCUGUACGGAGCCCCCCAAGUCCCAGACCCCGGAGAACUCUCCACCCAGGGCCACCAGGGGUGUAGGCCCCCACGUGAACGGCAUGUGUGGCCACCUAGCACGGAGUCCUGUCCCUGCGGAUGGCCGUGAGGAGCCUGAGCCUCGGGGACCCAAGGGUGGCGGGCUCCGGAUCCAGCACCGAGCCUCCAGCGCCGACAUGCGCCAGGUGAGGCUGACGCAGCCCUUCGGGGCCGAUGGACUGUGCAGCUCUUCAACUCCGGAGCCCAGGCGCUGGUCCCUGCAGCACGUACCAGAUGCUUCUGGAAGUUCUGGGAAGCGGUGCUUUGUCUUCCAGCUGCAGCAGCCGCCACCAGGCGCGCCGGGUAUGGGUGGUGACUUCAACUUUGGGUUCACGGGCACGAAGGGGGACAGGUUGGUGCGGUACCCCCGUAUCCGGCUUGAGAGGAGCACCUCGUACCCCACACAGCCCCGAGCAGAGCACAACAGCCCCAUGGAAGAUCGGGGCCACUUGGGACACCCGGAGACGCCGCCUCGGGGCCGCAGGGUGGCUCCCGAAAUCCACAGGACGAAUUCCGUGGAAAGGACGCCACAGGGUCAGGGCUGCACGUUUAAGAUCAGGCAAGACCAAAAUGCAGGGCAGCAGCAUUUCAGAAUUCUUGUGACUCGCGGACCCGAGGAAUCUCAUGAGGAUCCCAAGGAGAGUACAGACACCAGCUCUGGCUCCACCUUGGCUGGAGCCCCGACACGAGACGACUUCCUGGGACAGGUGGACGUGCCCCUUAAUCAUCUCCCGACAGAAGACCCAACCAUGGAGCGACCCUACACGUUUAAGGACUUUCUCCUCAGACCAAGAAGUCAUAAAUCUCGAGUUAAGGGAUUCUUGCGAUUGAAAAUGGCCUAUAUGCCAAAAAACGGAGGCCAAGAUGAAGAAAACAGUGAGCAGAGGGAAGACAUGGAGCACGGGUGGGAAGUCGUGGACUCAAAUGACUCAGCUUCUCAGCACCAGGAGGAGCUUCCUCCUCCUCUGCCCCCUGGCUGGGAAGAGAAAGUGGACAAUUUAGGUCGGACCUACUACGUCAACCACAACAACCGAUCCACUCAGUGGCACCGACCGACACUGAUGGAUGUGUCCUCCGAGGCGGACAGCAACAUCCGGCAGAUCAACCAGGAGGCAGCCCACCGGCGCUUCCGCUCCCGCCGGCACAUCAGCGAGGACCUGGAGCCCGAGCCCUCCGAGGGCGGAGAGGGCCCCGAGCCUUGGGAGACCAUUUCAGAAGAAGCAGCUAUCACUGGAGACUCCUCCCUCAGUCUGCCGCUGCCCCCACCACCUUCCUCCCCAUCCUCUCGGACCAGCCCUCAAGAGCUGUCUGAAGAACUAAGCAGAAGGCUUCAGUUCACUACGGACUCCAAUGGGGAGCAGUUUGGUUCUUUGAUUCAGAGGGAGCCCUCCUCGAGGUUGAGGUCGUGCAGUGUCACCGAUGCGGUCGCGGAGCAGGCUCACCUACCACCGCCCAGUGCCCCAACUAGGAGAGCGCGUUCGUCAACUGUCACAGGUGGUGAGGAGCCAACGCCAUCAGUGGCCUACGUGCACACCACGCCGGGCCUACCUUCAGGCUGGGAAGAAAGGAAGGAUGCUAAGGGACGCACAUACUAUGUCAAUCAUAACAAUCGAACCACCACUUGGACUCGGCCUAUCAUGCAGCUUGCAGAAGAUGGUGCAUCUGGAUCUGCCACAAACAGUAACAACCAUCUAAUCGAGCCUCAGAUCCGCCGGCCUCGUAGCCUCAGUUCGCCAACAGUAACUUUAUCUGCCCCACUGGAGGGUGCCAAGGAUUCACCCAUACGUCGGGCUGUGAAAGAUACCCUUUCCAAUCCACAGUCCCCACAGCCAUCACCUUACAACUCCCCCAAACCACAACACAAAGUCACACAGAGCUUCCUGCCACCGGGCUGGGAAAUGAGGAUCGCGCCGAACGGCCGGCCCUUCUUCAUUGACCAUAACACAAAGACUACAACGUGGGAAGAUCCACGCCUGAAAUUUCCAGUACAUUUGCGAUCGAAGGCACCUUUAAACCCCAAUGACCUUGGCCCUCUGCCUCCCGGGUGGGAAGAAAGAAUCCACUUGGAUGGCCGAACAUUUUAUAUCGAUCAUAGCAGCCAGGUGUUAUGUGGAGAGAAUGGUACCAGAGAAUCAGUGCCCUCGUACGAUAGCAAAAUAACUCAGUGGGAAGACCCAAGACUGCAGAAUCCAGCUAUUACUGGCCCGAAGGCGGUUCCUUACUCCAGAGAAUUUAAGCAGAAAUAUGACUACUUUAGGAAGAAAUUAAAGAAACCUGCUGAUAUUCCAAAUAGGUUUGAAAUGAAACUUCACAGAAAUAACAUUUUUGAAGAGUCCUAUCGGAGGAUCAUGUCUGUGAAAAGACCAGAUGUCCUAAAAGCUAGACUGUGGAUUGAAUUUGAAUCAGAGAAAGGUCUCGACUAUGGGGGUGUGGCCAGAGAAUGGUUCUUCUUACUGUCCAAAGAGAUGUUCAACCCCUACUAUGGUCUCUUCGAAUACUCCGCAACGGACAACUACACACUUCAGAUCAACCCCAAUUCAGGCCUCUGUAAUGAAGACCAUUUGUCCUAUUUCACUUUUAUUGGAAGAGUGGCUGGUCUGGCAGUAUUUCAUGGGAAACUUUUAGAUGGUUUCUUCAUUAGACCGUUUUACAAAAUGAUGCUGGGAAAGCAGAUAACUCUGAAUGACAUGGAAUCUGUGGAUAGUGAAUACUACAACUCUUUGAAAUGGAUCCUAGAGAAUGAUCCCACUGAACUGGACCUCAUGUUCUGUAUCGAUGAAGAAAACUUUGGGCAGACAUAUCAAGUGGAUCUGAAGCCCAAUGGGUCUGAAAUAAUGGUUACAAAUGAAAACAAAAGGGAAUAUAUUGACUUAGUCAUCCAGUGGAGGUUUGUGAACAGGGUCCAGAAGCAAAUGAACGCCUUCUUGGAGGGAUUCACAGAACUGCUUCCUAUCGAUUUGAUUAAAAUUUUUGAUGAAAAUGAGCUGGAGUUGCUGAUGUGUGGCCUCGGCGAUGUGGACGUGAAUGACUGGAGACAACAUACUAUCUACAAGAACGGCUACUGCCCAAACCACCCUGUCAUUCAGUGGUUCUGGAAGGCUGUGCUGCUGAUGGACGCUGAGAAGCGUAUCCGGUUGCUGCAGUUUGUCACGGGGACGUCCCGAGUACCUAUGAAUGGAUUUGCUGAACUUUAUGGUUCCAAUGGUCCUCAACUGUUUACAAUAGAGCAAUGGGGGAGUCCUGACAAACUGCCCAGAGCUCACACAUGCUUUAACCGCCUUGACUUACCUCCAUACGAAACCUUUGAAGAUUUACGAGAGAAACUUCUCAUGGCUGUGGAAAACGCUCAAGGAUUUGAGGGAGUGGAUUAAGCGCCCCUGCCUCGGGUGGUGGUUCGUCCAGCAAGUCCUGCUUGCACUUUUGCGUUUGCCUAACGGACUUUGCAGAGACGAUGGAUGGCAGGGAGCAUUGCACAGCAGGCUCCUGGAGCAGAGCCUUCGCCCGUGACUUGCCCAAGUCCAGACGUGGGAACCCAGUCCCAGGUCCCGUUUCUGCAUUUUCCACCGUGAAUUAUCAACUGGUUGAUGUGUACACUAAUUACAUUUCAGGAGGACUUAAUUCUAUUUAUGUUGUGCCUCUAUAGGCAAAGCCCUUAAUAAAUAUUUUGCAUACUUUAUAAUGACAAUGAAUGGAAUUAAUCACUCUACAGGUAUAGUAUUACAACUCAUGUUUACUUUUUGAAAAUGAUUUAGACCGAUUUUCCGAUUUCAUUUCAUUACAAUUAAAGAUGUCUCAUGUACUUGGAAAAGUGAGCAUAUAUUUUUUUUUGUAUUUGACUUUGAUGCCAGGUUUAAUGUCUGUGACAUUUUUGCUUUUGAAGUACUUUGACACCCCUGCACUCGACUUUAUUAGAACUGGAAGACUGGUUUAUGUCCAAAUCGUUCUUACAGACAAGUACUUCGAGAGCAUUUAAAGUAUAACAUUAGGCAUAAUGAUAAUUUUUUCCAUACUCAAAAUGAAAACAAAGUGGAUAUUAGAUUUUUUUUGUACAAAUUUAGCAUAAUCGCUACAGGCUGGGAGAAUUGUACCAUAGCAUGACAAAUUUUGUGUUGACUGGAAGGAAUCACACCAUUAUUCCCUAAAGUACUCACACGUGUUCUAACACAUUUGAGACGGGGUUGGGCGGUCAUUUCUUAUAGGAGAAAUUACUUAACCCUUUCUGAUGCUGUACUUUAUCUUUUAUUAUAUUUCCCUCUUUGCUGUUCGGGGUAGAGACAUUUAUUUGAAUGAAACUCGGCACUGCCUGAUCUGAAACUGGAAACCAGAUCUGUCUAGUCUCCUGUUGUACGUGUUUGCUGAUAAUUGCUAGAUCACAGUUGUUCUAACUGCACCAAUUCCGAAGGCACUUUAUGUACUACGUGGAGGUCAUACCUGGUUUGGUUUGUGUUUUGUUUCUUGUGGACAUUAAAUCUGAUGAUUAUUUCUCUCCCUGCACACAUCUUUCUGGUGCCAUACCUGUCAACAGUGAAUCUGGCUGCUGGUGUAUAGAACCUGGCUGUGAAGCUCAGCUGACAGACCUGUCCUCGCCGAUCAUUUUUUGAUUUCUGCUCAGAGAUGAGUUUAAUACGCACGCGGUUGAACCAGCUUUGUUCCCUGUGACGUGUUGCAUGCUGCUUCCGUGCUCUGGGCUGCCUGUGUCUGUCAUGUGCCAGAUGAAAAGGGAGCAGGGGGACUUGCCCCUCUGCGGCCAGGCUGUCGAGCUGGUUGGGGGGCAGGGGGAGGAUGUGUGCACAGUGUGAUCCUUUGCUGCUGUAACUCCUGGUGCAGAAUUCUGUUUUGAGAGAUCACCCGAGGCAGUGUGGGAGUUCAGCCCUGCGGGCUUCUUACUCUGUGUUGUCCUAGACCCUGCGGUGGUUACCAGGGAACACUAGAGAUCUAUCUCUCGCCAGUCAUAAAUAAGACAAAAAUGGUGGCUUUAGGGCCUCUGUUUGUUAUGCAAGAAGGACCUUUUGGUGGAAGAAAUUCUGUUUUGUGGCUUGUGAGAAGCUGUGUGUUUGUGGUUGUAAAUGAGCUAAAGUCCACGGUGUCUAAAGAAGGUGGGUUUCUGCCAAGCUGAGGACUGGCUCCCUUUGCAUAUUGACUUUAAAGUACCUAAUAGUGACCAGAAAAAGUAGAUCCUGAGUAAUUAGGGAGAAAAAACCACAGUGUUGCUCAGUAUUUUUAUCUGUUGGUGGAAUCUCCCCCCGCCCCCAACAAAUGUCUCAGUGGCAAAACCCGUUAGUACAGUCCCUCCUUGUUCCAGGGUCAGCUUUCUUUGUCAGACUUGUGCCAGAGCCUGGGUGAGCAGCGUGCUGGGUGGGUUCUGAGAAUGAUCAUGUGACUGGAGGGGAAGAAAUCCAGCAAUUCUGGCAUAAAGACUGGGGGUCUUCUAUCACUUUUAAAUUAUAUAUUCAAAAUCAGAGUAUUUGUUAAAUGCAAAUUAGACAAAGUCUUAAAAAUAUGAAAGAAAAAAUCACUCUAAGAUAAUCCGUAUACCAGGAACAGAUGAGAAUUAUCCACAUAUUGCCCCUAUAAAUAUUUCAAUAGCAGUGAUUGUGAAUGACAGUUCAGUUCAUCUAUUCCUUAAUAUCUAAUUUCAAUAACAGCUCAAUAGUGCUGGGUUUGAGAUUCAUUUUUGCUUGUUUGUAAUCCAAAUAAGGUUUCCUAGUUCUCAACAAUUCUCCAUGUUUCACUCUUUGUUGAAAGUAGUCAUAUCUCUUGUUUCCUCUAAAUCUUGACCACUCUGCGUCAUCUUCGGGACGUAAUGACAGCAGGCAGUAAAGAAAGCAUGUCAGGUGAGGAGCAGAAGGAUGGGUCAUUCCAUGGGCCUCCACCGCUUUGGUCAGCAGCCUGCGUCACCCUUUCUAGGUGUCCCCAGCAGUGACCCUGCUCCGGAGUCCAGGGAGCCUCUGUUUCCUUAGAAAUCACUUGAAUCCACGUGUGUGUGUUUUAGUUCCUAGAAGAAGGCAUGGUUAUCAUGGGCCGGCUUGCCUUGAGUUUAGGAGGUAAGUUCCCGCGUUUACAUACUACAUGUUGAAGGUCUUUGAACAUCAGUUAUCACAACCGUCUGUUCUGGCUAUUUCUCUUCCUGCCUCUUGUUGACCUGGAGAUCAAUUAGGAAGGUCCUGUCGGUGGGAUUAGCUUCAGGGGCUGUGCUGCCUGGAGAAAAGGAAACAACGAGCCUUUGUCUGUUUGGAAGUUGUGUUCCCAGUCAGCACUCCUCUCUAGCUCCCCAAACAUUUCCAUUAUUUACCUUCCUGCAGCCAGGCCUCUGCCAGGUCACAGUGUGAGAUGCUUCUUUGACUGUUUGUUGCAGAGAUGUUGUAGCUAACAUCAGUUAUUCCCUAAGGGUCAGGUGACCAAUGCUAUCAAGAGACCUGACACGGAUUAUUCCUCCCGCCUUCUGAAAAGUGGUUUGCAAAACAUUUGAAACACUUUCUCCAUCUCACAUUGUUAAGAUAAAAAUAGACAGCAUGUACUAUUGCUGUUUGAUCUUGCCAGGUCCAAAUUGGCUCCCUUAAAAGCCAAGUUCAUAUGCAACAAAUUACUAAUUGUUCUAACAGUUGCUAAUUGCUGAACACUUGACUAGCAUUUUCCUAAGUCUUAUCUCUCAGCUCUGAAAUUUUAAAACCUAUAAAAUGAGCCUGGGUUAAACAAUUCUCGAUCUCCUGCCUACUGUGCUAGCUGUCCUUUCUUUGCCUCUUUCCUCCUCACCCAGAGUCUGCACCCCUGUACUGACAGGGAGGGGAGGGACGUGCAGUCCGGUGUCAUUUUCCGCCUUGCCAAUAGGGGGUGCUACUGCGCAGGGUAACUGCCUGGUCUGCUCCCUUCCUGACCCCAGGAGAUCACUACCUCUCUGGCAUCCAGGCUUUGGGAUACAUCCUGAUAAGUCAAAACUGCCAAUUUCAGGUCUGAGAAGUGUUUUUAAAAAUCCUUACAAACUUCACUUUGUACUUUAGAUUUUAAAACUGGGAAGAAAAUGUGAUAUACUUUGGACCACUUUUUUUUUUUAAUUUAUCUAAGCCUUAAUGAACAGUGUAUAUACCCUUGCAUAUGUCUACACACACACACACACGAGAGUUUUCAGUGUGUCAGAAAAUGCCGUAGCAUUAGGACGUGAGCUGUAUAAUGUUUUAUAGAAAAGGAGAGCUUUCUGUGUGAACUUUUCCAAGAAAACCUCUCAUCAGACAUCUCUCCAUCUUUAAAGGUGUAACGUGCGGCAAUGCAUGUUUAAAAUGCAUGUCUUUCUGUUGGUUAGUCUGUUUGUAAGGAGUCACAAUAGGACUCCCCAACGACAUUGGCCACCGACCUCUGUGAAUUGCAUUCUCAGCCUUGUACCUGUGCAUCGCCAGCCUUUCUCGUGACCGUGACCCUGUGUCUGCAGACAUCUGUGUUCCCAUAGAAGCCAGUUUGCAGCUCCUACUGAGACCGAUUUCACCUAGCUUGUCACGGUUUCCUUCAUGUAAUAGUUCUGCGUAACUUUGUUCUUUCUCUACUAUGUAUGUAAAAUAUUUAUAUACAAAUAUGCGUACAUAUGCUGUCCAAAUAUAUAUGUAUAUAUUUGUAUAGCAUUUUUACACCUUUCUUGAGCAGCCUGGCUUUGAAAGGGAGUGAGAGCUUAGUUCCUUCUGGUUUUCUCCAAGCUGUACCCUGAGAAUUCUGACCCUCGGAACCAGAGAGAACCCCCCCGCCCCCGAAGAUGAUGUUAAUAUGCUGUCAUUUAUUCAGGAUCGAUUAUCAAAUGAAACAUGAAAAAAACACAGUGACAUUGAAGGUGAAAAGAGUUUCAAGCAUUCCAAAUGAAUUCUCAGUGUUUCAUAACUUUGUCUGAUAAACCCACCACCUGAAAAAGCCAAGUACUAUUUGAUACAGUGAUUAAAUACCAAACUACUUUGACAUUUUUUAAGACAACUUACAGACAGUGCUCAUUUUCACAAUCAAAGUAGCUCUCAGAUAUGGUUGCAUUUGAUACACACAGGAAAACUUUUGUUUAAGAGCAGAGUCCUUCGGGCUUUUCAUUUUACUCGAGCAAUCGAAUGAGAACUUGUAGAUUGUUUUCCUGACAGAAAAACAGUCAUGUGACAAAGUGAAGUCAUUGUAAAGAAGUGAUGCAACUUGUCAAAUAUUUAAUAAAGAAUUAUGGAAGCUGGAA